AUGUCGGCCAAAAAUGUACAGGGCCCUGGCAACAGGAGGGCAUCGCCCGCAGUAAACUUGAUUGCCGGUGGCGGUGCUGGUAUGAUGGAAGCUCUCGUGUGUCACCCUCUGGACACAAUUAAAGUCCGAAUGCAGCUCUCGCGGAGAGCCCGAGCUCCUGGUGCUAAGCCCCGUGGCUUUAUCACCACUGGUGUCGAAAUCGUGAAGAAGGAAACUGCCAUGGGUCUGUACAAGGGUCUGGGUGCCGUGUUGGGAGGUAUCAUCCCCAAGAUGGCCAUUCGGUUCACAUCAUACGAAUACUACAAGUCCCUGUUGGCGGAUCCGACGACAGGCAGCGUCACCAGCAAGGCCACUUUCUUGUCUGGUCUCGCCGCCGGUGUCACUGAAGCCGUGGCCAUCGUCAACCCGAUGGAAGUCGUUAAGAUUCGUCUGCAGGCUCAACACCACAGUCUUGCUGACCCGCUCGACACACCUAAGUACCGCAGUGCUCCUCACGCCUUGUUCACCGUGAUCAAGGAGGAGGGCUUCAGCACCCUGUACCGCGGUGUGUCUCUCACCGCACUCCGACAAGGAACGAACCAAGCCGCCAACUUCACCGCAUACACCGAGCUGAAGGCCGCUCUUCAGCGCAUGCAGCCCGAGUAUGCUAACUCCCAGCUGCCGUCGUACCAGACUACCCUGAUCGGUCUCAUCUCCGGAGCUGUCGGUCCCUUCUCUAACGCCCCCAUUGAUACCAUCAAGACCCGUCUCCAAAGGACCCGCGCCGAGCCCGGCCAGACUGCCAUUCAACGUAUCAUGCUUAUCGCCAAGGAGAUGUUCAAGCAGGAGGGUGCGAGCGCUUUCUACAAGGGAAUCACCCCUCGUGUGAUGCGUGUGGCUCCUGGUCAGGCCGUGACAUUCACCGUGUACGAAUUCCUCAAGGGCAAGCUGGAGGCUUCCAACUGGGCAUUCGUAGGUGGUAAUUUCGAGGAGUAA